CGACAUGGACGAGCUGAACGUCUGCACUCCGCCCAAUGUGGAGUCAGACGCUCAAAAUUACAUUAAUAGUAGCACCUUACCGGCUUCUGCCACAGCACCUGACAAAGUAAUAAACAUUAAAACUGAUUGUGCCCAGUUUGGAGGGAGUGUACAUGUAAGUGAUGAGGAACUCCUGAAAGGUCUGCUGACCGACCAACGCUGCCAUGUGUGUGAAGCUGUGCUGCUGUUUGAGUCACAGCGACUGUCCCACUAUGAGGGAAAGAAACACGGCCAGAAGGUAAAGAUGUACCUGCAGACCAAGAAAUCCGAAAUGAAUAAUACAGAGUCCACUGGACCACAGCGGAGCAUGCCGACUGACAAGGACCGUUUCUGUGAGCUUUGUAACAUGGUGUUUUCUUCUGCUGUGGUGGCAAAGUCACAUUACAACGGCAAAGUCCACACCAAGAAUGUUCGUAAACAUUGUCUUCAGCAGCCAGGCAAGAACACAGAGGUCAGUACUGUGCCUAGCCCUCCAACAGUCUCUGCUAACGAUGACCACGUGUCAGGAUUGGGGGACGGCACAGACCCCACAUCUGCUGCAACUGCAGCCAGUUCAGACCCAAACAAGUACUGUGUCCUGUGUGCGGCCUCCUUCAAUAAUCACCAAAUGGCGUUGCAACACUACAAUGGACGAAAGCAUCAGAGGAAGAAGGCCAGACAUGAGCUGCUUAAAGAGCUUGAAGAUGAUGAAGCUAACCCUCUGACAUGUCGGAUAUGUAGUUUGCAGUUUAACUCCGUGGAGAUGUACCAAGCCCAUAUGCAGGGGAACAAGCACCACACUAGGCAGAGGAAGGUCUUUAAACUGCACAAAUCCCAACAGAAAUCCUAUAGCACGUUCGCAGAUGAACUUUCAGAUUACAUCGAGGUCCAGAAAGCUCGUGGACUCACACCCAAGAUUGGCCAGGUUCUUCCUAAGGUUGUACCACCAAUGGAAGGUGAUCAACAUCAACAAGUAGAAGAUUUACAUAUGGCACCUAUGACGCAACAAAACCAGCCUAUGGCCAGCUUCUAUGGCCAAUAUUACCCUCCUUAUCCCACCCAACCUUGUUAUCCAUGCCGUCCUUGGCCAUCCCAGGUUUGGAACUGCAAUAGUCCUCCAUCUUUCCUGUCCUCAAAGGCCUCAUUGGAAUACACAGCCCAACCUCUAAAAAGACACAGAAAGUGCUCAGGCUCAUCAUAUACUACCUCAUCAUCUUCAUCCUCCUCUUCAUAUUGCUCUUCCUCCAGCAGUGGAGCUAGUGACAAUGACCUGAGUGGACAUAGGCAAAGAGAGAGGAGGAGGGCCAGAAGAUCCAAGAGGGACAGAGGCAGACUAUCAAGAGAUUCAGACAAGGCAAAGCGGAAGCCACAAAAGAGAGUGAGUGACUCAGAGGAGAGGAGUAGAGAUGAUAAUGGAGAAUCAGGGGAAGAGAGGAGACGAAAACGCAAAUAUCACAGAGGACAUGCAAGGAGGCGACUGGAGGAAGAACGUGGGGUGAAGGAUAAUGAAGAACCGGAAGACGUGAUGGAAAAUACAAACAAGACAGAAGGGAAUGUUGAACAGUUGAAUCACAGACAUGAUGAGUAUGUCAAGGCCAAGUCCAGAAAAGAGAAGAAAAAGACAAAAGAUACAAAGGAUAAUAGGACGGAGGAGGAGAAAUUGUGGGAUGAUUCCAUUCUUGGCUGUUAAAACCAGGAAGCAUCAGCUAUUUUCAGUGUGCUAGCGGGCUAGCCAUGUUUUGGACUCUCACAUAUUUCUAAGCUUCACUCUUACCCUAAAUUAUAUUUAAUUUACUUGCACUUCCAUUCAUUAUUAUUCACAAUUAUUUUAAGACAGUUGAAAUUCAUUUAAAAAAAAGUGGGGAGUGGCUUGUAAUCCCUUUAGCAGCCUGUGGUGGACGCUGUGGAGCUUUUUAAGUUAAUGUGCAAUACAUUUUGAGUGCCCUGGUACCUUCAUAGGCAAACUGCUGCUGGAGGAAAUGUUUUAAUUAAGUAACUCAUCUAAACUAUGUUACAUGAUGACAUUUUCUUUCACCUCCGGCUUUUGCCUCACGCGUUGUCGUAACAUAGUUGUUAUACAUUACUAAGACGACACAGCUGCAUGGAUGUGUGUACGUGUGUGUGUUGUGUUUUAACUUAAGUGAAAAAUACGA